GUUGGGAAGGAGUUGGUGCGAAUUCUAUUAAAGAAACAAGUAUAAGAAACGAAUUUUCAGUACAAAGUACAAGGCAAGAUGACCUGUUCUAUACUGUGAACAGUGAGAUCGGGGCAUGUACUUGUCCUGUUGGAGUAUCCGGAGCACCCUGCAAACAUCAGGGUGCAGUUGCGAUGAAAUAUCACAUCGCAAUACUCAAUUUUAUACCUUCAUUAACAUCCGAAGAUCGUAUGGUAUAUGCCUAUGUCGCACUUGGUUAUACUUCCGAGAAUAGUUCUUUCUAUGCAUCAUUGCAACCAAUAUCCACUCCACAGUUACGCACUGCACUUAAUAAGUUUGCAGAGCGAUAUCGUUCAGCGAAAUCAAAAUCUAUUCCCCGGCUUACCUCCUAUCUCUAUGACCUUAAUCGUGAUUUAGAACCAACAGCUCGUGUUAGAAGCGGUCCGAUGAUCCGUGUUCAAGUUGAAUCGGUUAAAAGGCGAAAGGCAGAAAGUUCUGGUGGUAGAAAGCGAAAACUACCUCAUACUAUCCGCGAAGAAAAGGAAAGUUUGGAUCCUCAUGUUAUUCCUGCACGAAAAAAGAGGGCAACAACUAAAAAAAGUCAUAAUUUAAGCAUGCAUGUAGCGAAGAAUCAACCGAAUUAA